UUACACAAGCAGUAUUAAUGUAACAUAAAAGCUAAACAAAUUCUAGUUGAGCUCACCUUAGGUUAACUCAUCCUCUCCGAAACGUCCAUAAUGUUGACAAAUUAGGUUACGUUCGCUUUCGAUGACAUUUUGCUAGCGAGCAAACUCCCGUGUGGCUCCAUGAAAACGCCUUCAACGGAACUGGCGGCUUUUAUUGUCCCGAAUAACAGGACAAUAGCAACCAUGCAAGAUAAAAGGACAACAAAAUGGAAAAAGAUCGCAUUUUAUUCAGAAAAGACGCGGAAAAUGUUAUCGAAAGAACGAACUUUGGUAACGGAAACUAUAGUUACAACUAACAAAAUAAAACUAACUACUCCUAGAAAAGAGUAAACCCCAGCCUAACACUCAAGAAUGUUUGUUUUUAAGACAAACCUGUGAUUUAAUUAUAAUUAAAAUGACAAAAUAUAUGUCAAUAACGCCCAACAAAGCCGAGUUGGACCGUUUGUUGUAGUUUCUGUUGAUUUCCUUUGAAAUGCCAAAGCGGAAAUGGAAGACAAGGCUGGUGGUCAGCUGACUGGAAUGUUGAAGAAGCAAGCUUGAUUCGGAACGGAAGAAGAUCAACUAAAGACCUACAAGAGCCGAGAUGUCUUUAUACUCAUCAUUGUUACGUUACGUUAUUGCUGAUUAAAUUAAAUUAUGUUAUUCAUAUUUGCGAUUGUAUAUAAGUCUUUUAGCAUGUAAAUGCCAACGGUCCAUGUUACGACUUGCAAAGAAGAAGAUCACAGUGGAAGAGUUGAGGAAGUUUUGGGGAAACUCGCGAUGGACAUCCAGCAGGAGCGCAGGAGGCUGCUGAAUGCUGACGGUCGAGAUGAUGAUCCCACUGUUCUCAUGUCCGAGCAGGACGCGUAUCUAAGCAAAGUGAGUAACAGAAAGUUGUAUCUGGCCACCUUGGCGUCCGUGCUUGGGCCCAUGAGCUUCGGGUUUGUGCUGGGUUACAGCUCGCCCGCCAUCCCGGAGCUGGCUGGGAGCUCGGACCCUCGACUGCGGCUGGACGACAUUCAGGCGUCUUGGUUUGGGUCGGUGGUGACGCUGGGGGCGGCGGCGGGGGGCCUGCUGACCGGCUGGAUGGUUGACAAGGUGGGCAGGAAACUGAUGCUCAUGUUCUGCUCGCUGCCCUUCGUCUUCGGCUUCACGGUCAUCAUCGCCGCCCAUAAUGUGUGGAUGCUCUACGCCGGACGUAUGCUCACGGGGCUCGCCAGCGGAGGCGCAUCGCUCGUCGUGCCGCUGUACAUCGCAGAGAUGGCUCACGAGCGCGUACGAGGUAUGCUGGGCUCUUGCGUGCAGCUAAUGGUGGUGUUUGGCAUCAUGGGUGUCUACCUGGCUGGUCUGUUUGUGGACUGGCGUUGGUUGGCAGUGUGCGGGGCCGUGCCCCCCACAUUGCUGAUUGCGUCCAUGUGCUUCAUGCCAGAGACGCCGCGCUUCCUGCUUUCGCAGGGCAAGCGGCGCGAGGCUGAGGAGGCGUUGCGCUUCCUGAGGGGGCCCCACGCGGCCGUAGAGUGGGAGUGCACCCGCAUAGAGGACGCCUGCGACCAACAGGGUUCCAGCUUCCAAAUGUCGGACCUGAAGGACGCAGGCGUGUACAAGCCGCUAGCCAUCGGCGUGAUGCUGAUGGUCUUCCAGCAGAUGUCGGGCAUAAAUGCUGUCAUGUUCUACGCUCAAAACAUCUUUGAGCAGGCACACUUCAAGGAGAGCGACCUGGCCUCUGUGAUGGUGGGUGCAAUUCAGGUGGUCUUCACUGGCGUGGCGGCCCUUAUCAUGGACAAGGCGGGAAGGAAAGUGCUGCUCGUCAUUUCAGGCGUGGCCAUGGUGAUAAGCACAGCGGCAUUUGGGCUUUAUUUCUACUUGAUGUCUGGGAGCUCCUCACCAGAGGAACAUCAUGCCAACAUGGGCUGGUUGGCCCUCUCCAGCAUGGCCAUCUUCAUCACCGGCUUUGCCUUGGGUUGGGGUCCCAUCCCGUGGUUGGUGAUGUCUGAGAUCUUCCCGGUGAAAGUUCGUGGCUUUGCGAGUGCCGUGUGUGUGCUGACCAACUGGGGCAUGGCCUUCAUUGUCACCAAGAGCUUCCAGGACAUGAUGACUCUCCUCACCAGCGCAGGAACCUUCUGGCUCUUCUCAUGCAUGUGCCUCCUCAGUGUGCUAUUCACCGUCGGCUUUGUGCCAGAAACCAAAGGCCAAACGCUGGAGCAGAUCGAGGCCAACUUCCGGGGAACGGCGGGACAGUGACGGCUUCCAGAAACCUCAUUAAAAAAAGCUACGAAAAUGUUCUCAUGCUUGUUUGUCUCUUGAGUACUGGGAGCAGUGGGCCUGGUCAGUGCGUGUCAGUCAAUGUGAGAUCAGCACUGUGGCGAAAAGAAAUGGAUGGAUCACUUUUUAUCCCACAUUUUUUGUUUAUAAAUGAAGCUAAAAAUGUUUUCUACAGCUCAUCUCAGGCAGGUUAAUUUUUUUAUAAGAUGAUAAAAUUGUGUGUUUUACGUGUAAUUAUGAAGGAUCAAAAUGUGAUGCAAAGAGUCCACAUUGACAGCCACCUGGGUGGUUUCUAAACAAUCUAGAGCAGUGGUGGUUUAAGUAUAGCCCUUUCUAGAAAAUAAUAAUAAUUAUUAAAUAAUUAGUAACUUAAUUAUACGUUUGUUUGUAAUCCAAACUAGGCCAUAUGCAGCCUGAUCUGUUCUGUAAUCCAGUCCACCAAGCAUUUAUAUUAUCAAGAGGGUAAAAUAAUUCAAACCCUACUAAAUUCUUGCUUUGUUGCAAGAAUUUAGUAGAAUUCGUUACUUGAAAUGUUUCCCUCAUAUUUUAUUAAUUUAUCUCAUUGUAUAAUUGGUUGAUUGAUUGAUUGUAAAUCAUAAAAUAAAAAAAUACUAGUACAAUAAUUUUUCAUAUACAUAAAGACUGUUUUGAUGGUUAUAAUUAAAUUAAUGGUGUAAUUAUUUCAUUAUUUACAUGUUUUUAUUUUUUAUGAUUUACACUUUUUAAUGUAGUUUACCUCAUUUGUCACUAUGAAGGCACGUGCAUUUACAUUUUUGUGCAAUCGGAACAAAUUAAGGUGAAACUUUUUGUUUGUGAAUGGGUUUUAGUGUGUUGGACUAAAAAUGGCAAAUAAACGAAUUGUUUUCAUCACCAA